CACUCCCUCCUCCCUGGUCGCUCGCGGGCCGGGCCCGGCAUGGUGCGGGGUCGCCGCCGAUGGCGCUGAGGCGGAGCAUGGGGCGGUCAGGGCUCCCGCCGCUGCCGCUGCCGCCGCCACCGCCGUCGCCGCUGCUGCUGCUGCUGGCGGGUCUGACCGCUCUGCUGCUCCCCGAGCCCGCGGCCGCAGGCCUGAAGCUGAUGGGAGCCCCAGUGAAGCUGACAGUGUCUCAGGGGCAGCCGGUGAAGCUCAACUGCAGCGUGGAGGGGAUGGAGGAGCCUGAGAUACAGUGGGUGAAGGACGGGGCUGUGGUCCAGAGCGUGGAUCAGGUGUACAUCCCAGUCAGUGAGCAGCACUGGAUUGGCUUCCUCAGCCUGAAGUCAGUGGAGCGCUCUGAUGCGGGCCGGUACUGGUGCCAGGUGGAGGAUGGGGGCGAAACCGAGACCUCCCAGCCAGUGUGGCUCACGGUAGAAGGUGUGCCAUUUUUCACUGUGGAGCCAAAAGAUCUGGCAGUGCCACCCAAUGCCCCUUUCCAACUGUUUUGUGAGGCCGUGGGUCCCCCAGAACCUGUUACCAUUGUCUGGUGGAGAGGAGGCACGAAGGUUGGGGGACCUGCUCCCUCUCCUUCCGUUUUAAAUGUAACAGGGGUGACCCAGAGCACUGUGUUCUCCUGUGAAGCUCACAACAUAAAAGGCCUGGCCUCUUCUCGCCCAGCCACUGUUCGUCUUCAAGCACUGCCUGCAGCCCCCUUCAACAUCACAGUGACGAAGCUCUCCAGCAGCAAUGCUAGUGUGGCCUGGACGCCAGGUGCCGAUGGCCAAGCCCUGCUCCAAUCCUGUACGGUCCAGGUGACUCAGGCCCCAGGAAGCUGGGAGGUCCUGGCUGUUGUGGUCCCUGUGCCACCUUUUACCUGCCUGCUCCGGGAUCUGGCACCUGCCACCAACUAUAGCCUCAGGGUUCGCUGUGCCAAUGCCUUGGGGCCUUCUCCAUAUGCUGACUGGGUGCCCUUUCGGACAAAGGGUCUAGCCCCAGCCAUUGCUCCCCAGAACCUCCAUGCCAUCCACACAGACUCAGGCCUCAUCCUGGAGUGGGAAGAAGUGAUCCCUGAAGGUCCUUUAGAAGGCCCUCUGGGACCCUAUAAACUGUCCUGGGUUCAAGACAACGGAACCCAGGGUGAGCUGACAGUGGAGGGGACCAGGGCCAACCUGACGGGCUGGGAUCCCCAGAAGGACCUGAUUGUGCGUGUGUGUGUCUCCAGUGCAGUUGGCUGUGGGCCCUGGAGUCAGCCGCUGGUGGUCUCUUCUCAUGACCAUGCAGGCCAGCAGGGUGCUUCCCACAGCCGCACAUCCUGGGUGCCUGUGGUCCUGGGUGUGCUGACAGCCCUGGUGACAGCUGCUGCCCUGGCCCUCAUCCUGCUUCGAAAGAGACGGAAGGAGACACGGUUUGGGCAAGGCUUUGACAGUGUCAUGGCCCGGGGGGAGCCGGCAGUUCAUUUCCGGGCAGCACGAUCCUUCAAUCGGGAAAGGCCCGAGCGCAUCGAGGCCACACUGGACAGCUUGGGCAUCAGUGAUGAGCUGAAGGACAAACUGGAGGAUGUGCUCAUCCCAGAGCAGCAGUUCACCCUGGGCCGGAUGUUGGGCAAAGGAGAGUUUGGUUCAGUGAGGGAGGCCCAGUUGAAGCAGGAGGAUGGCUCCUUUGUGAAAGUGGCUGUAAAGAUGCUGAAAGCUGACAUAAUUGCCUCAAGCGACAUUGAAGAGUUCCUCAGGGAAGCGGCUUGCAUGAAGGAGUUUGACCACCCACACGUGGCCAAGCUUGUUGGUGAGCCCCUUCUUGGGGGAAGUAAAUGUAAAAUAGGGCUAAAACUAUGCUCCCCCAAGGUGCGAGGGCAGUCUGUGGGAGAGAAGUUCGGACUUCGCCUGGUGAGUAAGCAGACACCAAAAGAGCAAGGAGUGGCCUGGCUGAAAUCUGAUCAGGCUCUAGGGGUGAGCCUCCGGAGCAGGGCCAAAGGCCGUCUCCCCAUUCCCAUGGUCAUCCUGCCUUUCAUGAAGCACGGGGACCUGCACGCCUUCCUGCUGGCCUCCCGGAUUGGGGAGAACCCCUUUAACCUGCCCCUGCAGACCCUGGUUCGGUUCAUGGUGGACAUUGCCUGUGGCAUGGAGUACCUGAGCUCCCGGAACUUUAUCCACCGAGACCUGGCUGCUCGGAACUGCAUGCUGGCAGAAGACAUGACGGUGUGCGUGGCCGACUUUGGACUCUCCCGGAAGAUCUAUAGUGGGGACUACUAUCGUCAGGGCUGUGCCUCCAAACUGCCCGUCAAGUGGCUGGCCCUGGAGAGCCUGGCUGACAACUUGUAUACUGUGCACAGUGACGUGUGGGCCUUCGGGGUGACCAUGUGGGAGAUCAUGACUCGUGGGCAGACGCCGUAUGCUGGCAUUGAGAACGCUGAGAUUUACAACUACCUCAUCGGCGGGAACCGCCUGAAACAGCCUCCGGAGUGUAUGGAGGACGUGUAUGAGCUCAUGUACCAGUGCUGGAGCGCCGACCCCAAGCAGCGCCCGAGCUUCACAUGUCUACGAAUGGAGCUGGAGAAUGUCCUGGGCCGCCUGUCUGUGCUAUCCGCCAGCCAGGACCCCUUGUAUAUCAACCUUGAGGGAGCCCAGGAGCCUGCUGAGGGAGGCAACCUGGAGCUGCCUGGCGGGGACCCGGCCAGCAGCGGGGCUGGGGAUGGCAGUGGCCUGGGGGCCGUGGGGGGCACCCCCAGUGACUGUCGGUACAUCCUCAGCCCCGGGGGGCUGGCUGAGCGGCCUGGGCAGGAGGAACAGCAGCCAGACAGCCCCGUCAAUGAGUCCCAGAGGCUGCUACUGCUGCAGCAAGGGCUACUACCCCACAGUAGCUGUUAGCCCACAGGCAGAGGGCAUCUGGGGCCAUGCGGCUGGCUCUGCUGGCCGCUGUGCUGGCUGACUAAGCCCUGUCUGACCCCAGCCCAGGCAGCAAGUUGUGGAGGCUCCUGUGGUAGUCCUCCCAAGCUGUGCUGAAAGGCUGGACUGACCAAAUCACCCAAUCCCAGUUCUUCCUGCAACCACUCUGUGGCCGGCCUGGCAUCAGUUCAGGCCUUGGCUGGGUGGAGGUGGGCCAGGCCUGGUUGUCUAAACCCAGGCAGCUGACAGAGGGGGUGGUUAUGUUUCCAUGGUUACCAUGGGUGCGGAGAGGAGUUGGGUGAGGGUAGAUCCAACCUUGUGGGACCCUACUUUCCCAGCUGAGCUGCCCCUGCUGCUUUAGUGCAUGCAUUGAGGCGUCUCUGGCCUGGGGGCCCAUCUGUGCCUGUGCUUGGGGUUUAAAUACCCAGGUUUGUCCCUCCUCCCAAAGAGAUGCCCUUGUAUUAUUCCCCUUUAGGUGAGAAUUGGUAAGGGAUUGGUACAGUCAGGUCCCAAGCCCUGUAGCGGGAGGCAGUGGGACCCUCAGGGCUGAAUCUUCGUCACCUUCCUGGUUACCCACCCUGUCUAGACCAGGAGUAAAGUGCAGCUGACCAGGUCACAGCAAGGCAUGCUGAAUUACACAGGCUACCAUUUGCCCAGCUUCUAAAGGCAAUGCACUGAGCCCGGCAAGAGGAAGGGGUGCUGUAAGCCUUGCCCAGGAAUCAGUGAGGCCAGAGAGGAGUCCAGGAGCCCCUCUUGGAGCCCUCCCGCAGUCUGUCUGAGCAUGCUACCAAAUCCCAAAAUAUCCUAAGACUAACAAAGGCAGCUGUGUCUGAGCCCAAUCCUUCCACGCAGUGUCCUUUAGUGCCAUCUUUCCCUCUAACUGGAGACCCUCUUCUGUCCCAAGUCUCCAGAGAAGGAGAGAAAGUAGGCUUGAUGGCUGGUGUGGCUGAGGGGGAGUUACUGGAGCCUGGACCCCAGCCCCGGGUGGGGGAGCCUCUGGGAGUGCAUGGGGCAGGCCCUUGCUGUUAGGCACUUUUCCAAGCCGUUAGAUGCUGUUUAAAAACAGAAAUAAAUUGAAGACUAAAGACCCAA